CUUCGGCGCUGUCAUGGCUGCUCACUGAUGACACUUGCGGCACAUGGGCAGAAAUCUAACACAUCACAGUGAACACACGAACCUCAACUCAAGUCUCACACUCACACAGAAAGCAGGUCCUGAGCAACACGACGCUGUUUCACCUUCCGCGUAACCGAGAACACGAGGAGCGCGAUGCUGCAGCUCGAGGCGGCGGUUCUGGGCGGAUUGAGUCCGGACUGGAAGCAGAGCAGCUUCAGCACCGCAGAUGCAGGUUCAUUGCUGCAGUUGGUAUAUGAGGGAGAUUUUGAGGCCGUCCUCUUCAGCUCUGCGGUGCAGGGGCUUCUGGGAGCUUGUCCUGAAGAGGGUGACAGCAUUGAGGCCUAUCUGGAGAGACAGAUGCUGUCUUACCUGAGUGAUGCCACCGAAGAGCAGAGGAGCCACAGGGAAGUUGCUCUGUUGGCGUUGGCAGUGGGGUGUCUGAAUCUCUUCGCCCAGAGUAACUGGACUGGGCCACCAGUUGAGCUCCAUGUCUCUGACGUUCUACCUGAAGCCCUGCUCCAGAACUUAUCUCAGCCUGCGGCCCUAAGCACAGCUCUGUUGUCCAGUCUUCAGCUGGAUGGAGAGUCUGUGUACAGUCUGGUCUCCAACCCUCUCCUGCUGCUGCUGACCAGAGUCAUCUUCGUCAAUUGCGCCGCCAAACUGGAGAGCCUUCAGCUGCUGCCCUGGUGGACGCUGCGAUAUGUCGCUCUCCAUCAGCAGAUACUGGAGGAAAGAUCCCCACAGCUCCUCAACCUGAUGCUCAGCUGCAUCGAGAAAGUGUGUAAAUGUGAGGAGCUGUUCAGCAGUAAUGCACACAGAAACCUGGCCAUUCAGUUCCACCUGGAGUGCAGUUAUAUCUGCCUGACCUACUACGAGUAUCACAGGGCCAAAGAACAUCUGCAGACGGCUCGUGAUCUGUCAGGACUCGAUGUUAACAUGACAGGUGCUUUAGGGAAGAGAACUCGUUUUCAGGAGAACUUUCUGGCUCAACUCAUCUUAGAUGUAAAGCGAAAGGACAACUCACCCUUUUACAACUCUGAGAGUCCCUCCAGUACACCAACACGUAAAGAGCUCUUACCAAAGGACCAUCAGCUGAGCGAUGAUACAGUCCUGAACCAGAUUAGUCUGGCAGAACCAUCUGAACAUGAACUUCCAGACCUCAGUGCUGAGGAACAGGCCUUCAUACUGGCCACAUGCAUAGACUUUCAGAAGAAUAAUCCCGUUCACAAGCUGAAUGAUGAGGAGCUGCUGGCCUUCACCACGUGUUUGCUGUCUCAGCCAAAGUUCUGGGCAGUGGAAGUGACAUCUCUGUGUCUGAGGACUAAGCUGGAGAGAGGAAGCUCACGUAGAGUUGAACGCGCCAUGAUGCAAACACAGACUCUGGUGGAUUUCUUCAGUGAGAAGGACUGUCCCGUCACUGAGAGGCUGAAGAUGUUCUACAGCUGCCGGGCUCCUCCUCUCUGGGAUCUACAGAGGCAGUUGGCGAGUUUGUUGACUGAUUUGGGCCUGACGAGUUCUGCACUGCUGAUCUACGAGAGACUGGAACUCUGGGAGGAUGCAGUUGUGUGUCUGGAGAGGAUGGGACAACACGGCAAGGCGGAGGAGAUUUUGAGGCGCGAGUUGGAGAAAAAGGAGACGCCGUCGCUCUACUGUCUGCUGGGCGAUGUGCUGAAGGAUCCACAGUAUUAUGACCGAGCAUGGGAGCUUUCCAAACACCGCAGCGCACGUGCGCAGCGCUCCAAAGCUCUGCAUCACCUGCGCCACAGAGAGUUUCAGCAGUGUGUGGAGUGUUUCGAACGCUCUCUACAAAUCAACUCCAUGCAGUUGGGUGUGUGGUUUUCCCUGGGCUGUGCAUAUUUUGCAUUGGAAAGCUACGAAGGAGCCGCCAGAGCUUUCCAGAGAUGCAUCGGACUGGAACCAGAUAAUUCAGAAGCUUGGAACAACCUCUCCACGGCCUACAUUAAACUGAGACUGAAGGAGAAGGCGUUCCGCACCCUUCAGGAAGCGCUCAAAUGUAAUUAUGAGCGAUGGCAGAUCUGGGAGAAUUUCAUUGCAGUGUGUGUAGACCUGGGCGAGUUCAGUGAAGCUAUCAGAGCCUACCAUCGGCUCAUGGAGCUCAAGGACAAAUACAAGGACGUGGAGGUUCUGGAAAUCCUGGUGCGCGCAGUAGUGGACAAUUUGACCGAUCAUCGGGGCGAACAGGCCUCCAGUCUCAGACCCAAACUCCAGGAGCUCUUGGGCAGAGUGUCUUCUCGCUGCAGCACAGAUGCAAAGAUAUGGAAACAGUAUGCCCGUCUUUAUGGCGAUGGACAUAGCAACAAUGCAGAAGACAAUGAAAAGGCGCUGCAGUUUCUGAGUAAAGCUCAUCGAUGUGAAACGCAGGCGGCUGGAUGGGAGAAAGACACGGGCAGCUUCAAAUCUGUGGUGAAAGGUGCCAGAGACAUGGCUAAUGUGUCCAUCAGCUGCAGCAGGUCGAAGCGCGGUCCUCAAGAGGCUCUGCAGCUGCUGUCUUCAGCUCGACUCAGUCUGAAGAGUCUGACCACCAAAGCUAGACAACUGUACACUGACGUGGCCACAGGUGAGCUCCACGAUGACCUCAGAGAUGAUGUCAUCGAACUGGAGCAGCUCGUCUCAGAAAUCCAGGAUCUGAGUGCACAGCUGCGCAGCCAAUGACAAGCCUGAUCACUAUCUGCUGUUCCUCUCUUUGGUUAGUUUAAAUAUUGCACUUUUAACAUCAUGUAUUAGACCAACAAAACCUCCCAUCUGGAGAUCCUGGAGAGUUCAGGACGCCUGUCACUUGUUUUUAAAUCAACAGGGGAAAUAAAACCUAGAAGAAGGACUUGAUGUUUUUUUCCAUCUUGACCUGAUCCAGGGUCAGUUAUCUUUGCCUUAAUCAGAGAUUCUGUGAUCACAGUGUGUGGUUUUUAAGAUCCCUCAGGCUGGCAUUGAACUUUCUUUGUACAAGAGUGCCUCGUUCCUGUUAAAUAAACAGUACACAUCUUUUUCUUACAUA